GAUGCCGAAGUCAAAGGAACUCGUUUCUUCAAGCUCAUCUGGAAGUGAUUCAGAUAGUGAGGUUGAUCAAAAGGCAAAAAGAAAAAAGCAGCCCCCACCUGAGAAAGAAAAGCCAGCAAAGAAGCAGAAGUCGGGAGAAAGCUCCAAAGGAGCUGCCUCAGCUAAACAAAGCAGCAGCAGCAACCAGGAGGAUAACAUGUUCCAGAUUGGAAAAAUGCGGUAUGUUAGUGUUCGUGACUUCAAAGGAAAAGUACUCAUUGAUAUUAGAGAAUAUUUUAUGGACAACCAAGGAGAAAUGAAGCCAGGAAGGAAAGGUAUCUCUUUAAACCCUGAGCAGUGGAACCAGCUGAAGGAACAGAUGUCUGACAUUGAUGAUGCAAUAAGAAAACUGUAACCCUCCAUCCAUUGGCAGAGAAACCUCCAUGUUUUAGUUUUAAGCACUCUUUUUACAUUUGCAACUUUUGUUUUUCUACUUUAUUUGACAAAUGACCGUUCUUUUGAAUUGCAGAAUGAUUUGUACGCAUUUUUAUGUGCAUUAAAACAAGGCAGAUUUGAAAUACAGUUUGAGCCUCAAUUUACAACUGGAGAGGAAAAGAAAUCCCCCCCCCUCUUAGCCUUGACACUGCUUAUCCUAUGACCAAUGUGUGUGUUCCUGUUUUCUGCAUAGCUGUGAGCGGAAUUGUAUAUCUAGUUAUUUAUAUGCAUUCCUGUAGGGAGUCUCAUUACUGUUAGAUUAGAAUGGAGCAAAAGUUCUCGGUAUAGGCCAGAAAGUUACGAUCAUAUCCCUUUAAGUAAUGUCCUUAUGAAUUGUGUGAGAAUUUUUUUUUCUUUAUAAAUUGUUGUGUAUUAUCUUGACACUUCAAUAAAGGACAGUACCAUUACAA